AUGUCAAAUCUCUUCUCUGAUGAAAAUUCACAACAAUUUUCCUCGUUUAUUUCAACCUUCCAAGGGAUUAGAGAUGUAAUAAGUGAAAUACCAGUCCGAGACACUAUUUUUCUAGUAGCAAGUCUUGAUGUUGAUGCACUUGCAUCAUUUCAUAUAUUAUCAUGUAUUUAUCAAUCGGAUCGUUUCUUUGGUAAUUAUGCAGCAGUGUUAGUCAACAACCAUGAUGAAAUUACACAAAAUAUUGAAAGUAAUAGUGACAAGACAAUAUUCUUCUUGUUAAAUUGUGGUGGUCAAUAUAGGGAUUUCCAUAAAUUUCAAGACAAACACUUUUUUGUUUUGGAUUCGUAUAGGCCUUUUUAUUUAUGCAAUGUAUUUACAACACUUCAACAAGUUAAGAAUGUACAUUUACUAGUUGACAAGGAUGAGGAUAAACAAAGUAGAUAUCAUUUUGUAAAGAAGAGUUUUGUUGAUGAAAUUAUUAAAGCAAAUGAUGGAGGCUUUUCUUCGAGUAGUACAUUUGAUGAACAAGCAAGACUAGUCGUUGAAAAGAUAACAAAUAAUCCCGAUGAAGCAUUGAAUGAAGAUUACUUUGAAGAUGAUGACGAUGAUCUUCGCAAUGAUAAGGAAAUGCAAGAUUUCAUUGUACAUGAUGAAGAUGAGAAUGAAGUUGGAAGUAAUAUUGGAAGUGAUGAUGAGGAAGGUGAUGAUGAUGAUGAUAGAAUGGCUAGUGAUAAUGACUCUGUAUUGUCUGAUUUGGAUGAUAAUUACUUUGCAAGUACAAGUGAAGAAAGAGUUAUUCUAUAUAACAAUAGUGAUGGUUUUAAUAAGCCUUCUGCUUUCUUAUUGUACACAUUCUUGGAUCAACAAACUGUUUCAAUUUCAAUGAGAUGGGCUGCUAUUUUAUCACUGACCUAUCAUUAUUUAUUUGAUAGAUUUACAGAUAAUGAAUAUCCAGAUUAUUACUUUAAAUUAUCUUCAGAUAACACUUACAAAUCAAAUGAAAAAUCAUUUGAUGGUAUUUCAAUUCCACUCGAUGCUGAUUAUAUUAAGAAUAAUUAUUUUGAUUUGAAUAUUGAAUUGAUGAGACAUUGGAGUAUUUUUGAUGCCUGUUUAAAUUCAACACUAGUUUCAAGAGCUUUUAACACAUGGCAAAAUACUGGAAUUGAAGCAAUGAAACUAUUCAUUUCUGAUUUAGGUCUCACACUGCAGGAUGUUACAUCAAAUUGGCUUUCAUUACCUGUUCAAACAAGAGAAACAUUCUUAAAAUCUGUGAAAGAGAAGAAGAAUCAAUAUAACUUAUCAUCAAUAGUAUUCAAUUCAUUUGAAAGAGUUUAUGAACAAUCCUUUUCAUUGACAGCAAGUGACCACGUAUUUGCAUUACUUGGAAUGAUGCAAAUAGUUCCACAACAAAAAUUACUUACAACAAUUUCAAACAGUAUUAUCAAUGCAAAGCAAAACAAACUCUUGAUUGAACAAGGUAUUACAAAAGCAAAACAAAUGAGGCAAUCAAUGAAUGAUAUUUUCAAGAGUGUUAUGGAAAACAAAUCCUAUACUCACACUCGUGAAUUUGUUGCUAUUGAUUUAACUAAUAUCAGUCUUGAACAUUUCAAUUUUGCCUUCUCUUCACAAGUUGACCAAUCAAAUUUAUUAGCCAAUCAAACAGAAUUAACUGAUUCUAGUCCUAUUUCACCUGUAGCAUUCUAUCAAUUAACCCAACAUUUUAUGAAACUUGUCAAGUAUAACAAAUUCUUUGGAAGAGUUCAUGUUAUCUUAAUUAAACAACAAGAAAGUAAGGUUUAUAUUUGUGGACUCAAUCAAAACCCUCAAAAAAUCAGAACAUUCAACAGAGCUUUUGAAUUUGCCUGUAGAACUUACAAUGAACCAACCAAUUACUCAAUAUUUGGUUCUCAAGUGAAAGUAAUUAACAAAUCAAAGAGGAGUGAUAUUAUUUCUGUUCUCUUAGGUUCCCUAGUUCAAACCAAUAAGAAAUUUACAGCCUCCAAAAUUUCCAAUUUGAUGGAUGAAGCUGAAGAAGGUGGUGGAGAAGAAGAAGAGGAAGAAGAAGAAGAAUUCAAUGAAGAAGAAAUGCAAGAUGAAUAA